GAGCAUGGCAGCAACCAAGAUGAGUUUGAAGCUUCUUGUUGACCAGAGAGAUCAGACCGUGCUCUUUGCCGAAGCCGGAAAGGACUUCGUGGAUUUCCUUUUCAAUUUUCUGGCUUUGCCAGUUGGAACUAUCGUGAGUCUUCUCCCUAAACAAGGCGUGGCGGGUAGCUUGCGCAAUCUUUAUGCGAGUGUCGAGAAUCUCAGCGACACAUACAUUGAACGUGGAGAGAAAGAGGCUCUGUUGAAUCCCAAAGCACGGACCGGUCCAGAUGUUCUGCGCUUAUUGUUGCCUGACUCUCCGGCUUCAGCGCCAGUAGACUGCUACACUUGCCCUCGUAAUGCCAGUGGUUGCAGUAGCUUGGUGACGGAUUCCCCUUCUACGAGAUGUCCUAAUUGCAGCAAUACGAUGAGCAAGAAACUGUCAUGGGUCGCGGGACCAGCUGUUGGUGCCACAUCCACGGCCAAGGUACCCGGUGGGGAGGGUGGUUAUGUGACAGGCGUCGUCACAUACAUGGUGAUGGACGAUCUGGUUGUGAAGCCCAUGUCCACCAUCUCUUCAAUUACUCUCCUCAACAGGUUCAAUGUGCACGAAAUCGGGGAUCUCAAAGAGAAGGUGAUCGACUUCGGCUUGGACGAGGCCAUAAAGCUGUUGACCGCUUCUUUGCAUUCCAAAACGGUUCUCACAGACAUAUUCAGCGGGGUUCUCACAGCCAGACUCGGCAGGGGACUACUGACCCAAAGAAUGGCGACUGGCAAAGUUAGCUUGAAGCUUGUGAUCAACAAGAGCAACCGAACGGUGCUCUUUGCUGAGGCAGGCAAAGAUUUUGUUGACUUCCUCUUCCAUAUCCUCGCAUUACCGGUCGGACAGGUGAUCCAGCUCCUCACGAAAACUGGGACGGUGGGCAGUUUAGGCAAUCUCUACGGCAGCGUCGAGAAGCUGCACGAUGUGUACAUCAAAUCUUCCAAGAAAGACGUUCUCUUGAAACCCAAAGCACCCGCCUUUGUCUCUGGACUCCCAUUUCUAUUGCCUGAUACUCUUCCGUCUUCAGAUUCAAGGCUGGAAAACUACUACAGGUGCUCCAAAUCUUACUGUGGGGGUGGCUAUGUGGCCAAGGAACCUUCUCUAAAAUGUCCCGGGUGCGGCCUUAUGAUGAAUAAAGUAUGCAAACUUGUCAAAUCACCGGUUGCUGCUGCGGCAUCAGCAGCGAAAUGGAACGGUAAGGGCGGUUUGGUGCUAAGGGAGGUGACGUACAUGGUGAUGGACGAUCUGACGGUGACGCCGACGUCGGCUAUUUCGAGCAUUACUAUGCUCAAGAAGUUCAACGUGGAGGAGAUUGGGCUUAUUGAGGAGAAGGUGGUCAGCUUGGGAACGGACGAGGGUAUAAUGCUGCUGAGGACUUCAUUUCACUCCGAGAAGGUUCUCACUGACGUCUUCCUCCGUGUGAAGCCCGAUGUCUUCGUCGGUGUGAAGCGAGAGAGAUCGUGA